ACGCUUACUUAAAUUUCCAUUUCUUACAUUCCUCCCCCCAUCCAAACAAACCCUUAAACUCCACUCAUUUCUCGAAUCUACGAUCAACAAUCUACUCCUUCAGGUUUCUCUUUUCCAACGAGAACCAAAACUGAACCACUCAUUUCUCGAAUCUACGAUAAACAAUCUACUCCUUCAGGUUUCUCUUUUCCAUCGAGAACCAAAACUGAAAAAUGGGCGCACUUACGAAGCUGAUCGACGUCGUUCUCCUCCUCUUCUUCCUGGUAAUCGCGGUGGCGGCGCCGUUGCUCGACGCGCAGACAUGUCUCCCAUCCAGCUACUUCCCAGACUUCUUGAUCGAUCUGAAGCGGUGGUACAGCCAAGAAUACGGCGACUAUCUCAUGUCUGAGAAGCCCCAUUUCUUCGUCGGAGUUGUUUGGCUCGAGCUCCUCUUUCAAUGGCCUCUCGCAUUUUUCAAUUUGUACGGGAUUUUGGCUUCCAAGCCUUGGUUUAACACCACGUGCUUGAUCUAUGGAUCCUCCGUGUUCACUUCCAUGGGUGCUAUAUUAGCUGAGCUGAUGGGGUCUGGCAAGGCAUCGGACAAAUUGAUGAUGAUUUAUUCACCCUUCAUGGGAUUUGGAAUUCUAGCAAUUCUGCGUGGACUGAUGCCAGUCUCUGCUAAGACUGCUUCGUCGAUGGGCAAGAGAACUAUACUGCCCAGGAAGAAGAGAGCUUGAGAGACAAAUUUACUGAUAUAUAUAUAUAUAUAUAUAUAUAUAUAUAUAUAUAUAUAUAUUAGAGCGCUUUACCUAUUUCUCUUUUAUUCACUGACUGAUUAUUUUUAUUAUUAUUUUUUAAUUUAAUCUAUUGAGAAAGCUUUUUGAUGAAUAAUUUUGCACUUUUUAUUAUUUGAUUUAUUUUUGUUUUUAUGCCCUGUGAAAUUUCUCUGCACUGGAUGAAAAUGCAUAAAUAGAGAUGGGCUUUUCGUUUUCAGCAAAGAAAUCUGUGGGAAGAAUUUGGUGUAUUUUGCAGAUGGCUUUAUUAGAUAAUAAAUUUGAGGUUGAUCUCAAGAAUUUCUGUUUGUUUAGCCACUCAUUAUAGCUGUAGUUGCGUGUUAAUUUUGGAGUUAAUGUUGGAGGUGUCAAAAUGCCAAGGAUUUUAUGUCUCCCUCAGAAAAUUGGAGCUUAUAAACCACGCCCUGUUCUAAAAAUAUAACAAGUUUGAUGUUUGAAGGUGAUGAUCUUUGAUACACAAAUAUUACCAUUUAGAAAUUUCUUGUAGUGUUGCUGUUUUUAUUUUUGGGUUGCUCUAAGAACAAUUUGAUCUAAAUUUAAUUACUUAAUCUUAGUUUUGGGAGUAGUUCACACUGUGGAUGAAGGAUGAGGAGUCUAGUUGAGGCCAACAAUUUCUAUGCAAGUGGAAAUUUUCUCGCGAUUCAGGAAAGAAGAAACAUGAAACAUGGAAAUUAUAGACAAAAGAAAACGUGGAUCUUCACUGCAGUAGAAAAUGAAGAGCAAGAAACUAAGCCUUUUUAAACUGUUGCUGAUCAAUCUUUCAGAGCUUGUUCAGACUAUCUCUUGAAUCCUAUGUGCAGCAUGUCUGAGAUAGAAAGCCAAUAGUACCGCCCUUGUGGCAGUUUGAGCUGGGAAUGGGUGUACCACUAUAGUGAUACAAUUGGAGGUUCCAAGAAUGUAAUUUCAAGAAUUAUGCUUAAAUCCAUUCAGCCACAAGACUGAUAAUGGAAAGGUCAUAAAUGUUGCACCUCAAAAUUUGCAAAUCUUGAGAGAGGGACUGACAGUUGCGAGAUCUAGCUCCUCAAAUUGGCGACAUGUGGACAUUUCCCAUCCCUCAAUUCCUGUCUACCUUAAAAUUAUUUCCUUGAACUGUUAUACUUUCAAGAGACGAGCAGGUGAGUCUGAGAAACAUUUCUUCAACAUCACCUUGUGGGAUGCAAUUGGCUAUGUCCAAAUCUUUGAGCGUGAGCUGGUCAUCAACAGAUUGUUAAUCCCAUAUACUUUUUUAAAUGUCAGAGUUGUAAGGAAGAAGCUGCCUUUACUGAACUCAGGGUCAAAACCCUUUAAGCAGCCAGUUGAGUUUGCCGCCCCGCAAAUAGCUGGACUGUUAUAGACAAACAGCCAAUGGAAAGGACUUGGUUUAAUACUUUA